GCGUCUGGCUGCUCUGUUUAUGUUCUCAAAUCGCGAGUAACUUCGGUCGUGGACGGACGUGCUUUCGCAGUAAAAUCGGAAUCGGCACCGCGAAACAAAAGAAUAUUGGCAACAAACUUGUUUGAAUCAAAUGGCCAAACGUAAACAUCCGCAAAGGGCACAAGGAUAAAUUUAACGGCCUGUGAAGUACGGCACGUGCUAAUCGAAAAUGCAGAAGAACAAUUACUAGCAAAUUGAUAGGCACAACCAAAUAUAAAGUUACGUUGGUCACGAAACGUAAAGUGAACUGAGCAAAAAAACAAAAGAGCAUAAAGGUUUUAAUUAAAAGGCGAGGCAUUUGGAAUUCGAGUCCACUGCGAUGCGUAGGAGGCGUGGCACGCCCCUGGGCGUCAGCUGGAUGAACUGCGUCCUACUGCUGGCCACCGGACUCCUGGUGGUGCUCAUCUCGGUGAGUGCCAAGAACCCGAGGCCACAUCGCGGACUACCUGCGUCCGCGGAUCGCGUGGCAGCCGAAAAUGGCCACAGGCGCGAGAAUUCCGCGGAUGGCGGCGUCCACCUGCAAAGGUUAUCGGAUCCCGUCGAGCAGGAUGUCAGCGGGAAGCGGGAUGCGGAGGAGAUGGAGGUGGACGAGGAGGAGGAGGGUCUGAGGCACCACCACCUCCACCAUCGGCAACAAUUCGACGCGUAUCUGGGCACCAUCCGGCGACUGCGACGACCUUACCGCAGCAAAUACACCAUCGAGCAGCUGAUGCGCCUGCAUGUGACACCAAAGGUAUCCGGAGACAUUGACAUGGAUCCCUGCAAGGCCGGCGGUUUCAUGGGCGACAUCGCCCUGCCGGAGGGCGAUUCCGGUCCGGUGGUGGCCCACACGCCCAUCGACGACGAGGAGCAGGAGCGCCAGGAGGUCGAGCAGCUGUUGGCCGACGCCCCGAGCCAAUCUACGGAUGAGGAUUCCGCCCCUUCUGCUUCGAGUCGAGCGACCUUGGGUCCCAGCAAGUUCAACGCCACCUUCCAGCUUGACUUGGAGAAGCUCAAGCAGGAGGUCUACCACGAGGGACUGCAGGUGGAGGAGGAGGGCCUCACCGACAUCAUCCGCAAGAAGACCAAGCUCCCGAGCUCCGGUCCGGUCAACUUGAAGGCCGGCCAGGGCCAACUGCAGAGUCAGAGUGCCAAUGAACCCGUGAAGCCCGGUUCGGAACUGCCCUCCGAUUAUGCCCAAGCUUCCAGCUACAAAAACGAGGUGCUGCCUCCCUCGGAACAACGAACUCACGCUGAUAAGCCAGCCAGGAUGACAAUGGUGGAAAUGGGCUCUAAAGCGGGCAACAAAACGCAGUCACUUCAUCGCAACGUGGACACUCGCAAGAUUCAGUCGGACAACAAGGACAUCGAGGAUGAUUCGGGCAAUAACUUUGUGUCCGAGCGGCGACCUUCCCACAUUGUGCCCACUUCUUUGCCGGAACAGAGAUCCACGCCAGCGCAUGUCUACAGCAACGCUGGGGGAAACGGAAUGCAACUGGAUGACGAGGUGGACUUUCUGCAUUCCCGUGGGGUUGUGAGACGACGACACAGACGAGGACCUAAGCAGCGACGAAGCAACCAGCAUUUGGAGCACGAGGCCAAGUUGCAGAGGCUGCGGGAGGAGCUCAGUAGGCCAGUGGUCGAGGGUCAGCACCACCACCAGACGCAGCACCACCAGAAGCAGCUGCCGAGUGGCCACCACCACCACCAGGGAAAGACCCGCAAGAAGCACCGCCGUCAGCAUCGACGACGAGGAGGACAGGGCACCACGCAGUAUGUGAACCACCCGCCAGGAUUCAAUCAAUCGGCACAGCACACAGCUCCUGAAAUGGAUUUGCUGCAAGCGGAGACUCCCAAGGACGAGGAACAGCUGCGGCAUCGGGUGGCCCGCGCCGUCACCGCCAAAAAGGACCGCAUCUGGGAUUAUGGAGUCAUUCCCUACGAAAUCGACGGCAACUUCAGCGGCAUCCACAAGGCGCUCUUCAAAAUGGCCAUGCGCCACUGGGAGAACUCCACGUGCAUCAAGUUCGUGGAGCGCGAUCCCGAGAUCCAUCCCAACUACAUCGUCUUCACAGUGCGCAGCUGCGGAUGUUGUUCAUUUGUGGGUAAACGCGGCAAUGGUCCGCAGGCCAUCUCCAUCGGAAGGAACUGCGACAAGUUCGGAAUCGUGGUGCACGAACUGGGCCACGUGGUUGGCUUCUGGCACGAGCACACUCGUCCGGAUCGCGAGAAGCACGUGGUGAUCGAGCACAACAACAUUAUGAAGGGCCAGGACUACAACUUCAACAUGUUGUCUCCGGACGAGGUGGAUUCACUUGGCAUGGCCUACGACUACGAUUCCAUCAUGCACUACGCCCGGAAUACCUUCUCGAAGGGAACCUACUUGGACACCAUCCUUCCCAUCGAGAUGAAGGGCCGGAAGAGACCGGAAAUUGGCCAGCGAUUGCGUCUCAGCCAGGGGGACAUUGCCCAGGCCAAUCUGCUGUACAAGUGCCCCAAGUGCGGAAGAACCUUUCAGGAGAGUUCGGGCAUCUUUGCUGCUCCAUCUUACUAUACAGCAGGUGCUUUGACCAAUGAAACGGAGCACUGUGAGUGGAGGAUUACGGCCACCUACGGAGAACGAGUGGAACUCACACUGGAGAGUAUGAAUAUUUUCAAAUCGAACAACUGCGAGACGGACUACCUGGAGAUCCGGGACGGCUACUUCGAGAAGUCCCCGCUCAUCGGGCGCUUCUGUGGCAAGGUGGACAAGGAGGUGAUCCGCACGGAGUCGAGUCGCAUGCUGCUCACCUACGUGAACACCCAUCGCAGCGAGGGCUUCCGGGGAUUCAAGGCGGAGUUCGAUGUUGUUUGCGGUGGCGAGCUGUCCGUGGACGAUGCCGUCGGCCGUUUGGAGUCGCCCAACUACCCGCUGGACUAUUUGCCCAACAAGGAGUGCGUGUGGAAGAUAACCGUGCCCAAUGGCUAUCAGGUGGCGCUGAAGUUCCAGUCCUUCGAGGUGGAGAACCACGACAGCUGUGUCUACGACUUUGUCGAGGUGCGCGACGGUCCUGCCCCGGAUGCGCCGCUAAUUGGCGUUUUCUGCGGCUACAAGCCUCCGCCGAACAUGAAGUCAAGUGGCAACUCGAUGUACGUGAAAUUCGUGUCGGACACAUCGGUGCAGAAGGCGGGCUUCUCGGCCGUCUUCAUGAAGGAGGUGGACGAGUGCGAGACCCAGAACCACGGAUGCGAGCACGAGUGCAUCAACACGCUGGGCGGCUACGAGUGCAGCUGCCGCAUUGGAUUCGAGCUCCACAGCGACAAGAAGCACUGCGAAGAUGCUUGUGGUGGGGUCAUUGAGUAUCCGAAUGGCACCAUCACCUCGCCCUCGUUCCCCGAGAUGUAUCCUCUGCUGAAGGAGUGCAUCUGGGAGAUUGUGGCCCCGCCGAAGCACAGGAUAUCGCUGAACUUCACCCACUUCGACCUGGAGGGCACAGCCCAUCAGCAGUCGGAUUGCGGCUACGAUUCGGUGACUGUCUACUCGAAACUGGGUGAGAAUCGCCUGAAGAGGAUCGGCACCUUCUGUGGCUCUGCCAUUCCACCCACGGCCACCUCGGAGAGCAAUGCCUUGAGACUGGAGUUCCACUCGGACAAGUCCAUCCAGCGAUCCGGAUUCGCGGCAGUCUUCUUCACGGACAUCGACGAGUGCGCCGUGAACAAUGGAGGAUGCCAGCACGAGUGCAGGAACACCAUUGGAUCCUACAUCUGCAUGUGCCACAAUGGCUACUCGAUGCACGAGAACGGCCAUGAUUGUAAAGAAGGAGAGUGCAAGUACGAGAUCUCAGCUCCCUUCGGCAUCAUCUUCAGUCCCAACUACCCGGAUUCCUAUCCGCCGAAUGCGGAUUGCGUGUGGCACUUCAUCACCACGCCAGGCCAUCGCAUCAAGUUGAUAUUCAACGAGUUCGAAGUGGAGUCGCAUCAGGAAUGCACCUAUGACAACGUGGCAAUCUAUGACGGGGACUCCGAGUCCAGUUCGGUGCUGGGUCGCUUCUGCGGGGACAAGAUCCCCUUCCCCAUCUCCUCGACGAACAACCAGAUGUACAUGGUGCUCAAAACCGAUAAGAACAAACAGAAGAGCGGAUUUACGGCCACGCAUUCAACGGCCUGCGGAGGAUACCUGCGUGCCACCAGCCAGGUGCAGCAGUUCUACUCGCACGCCAGGUUCGGGAACCAGGACUACGACGACAGCAUGGACUGCGAGUGGACCAUCGCCGCUCCGGACAACAGCUACGUCCAGCUCAUAUUCCUCACCUUCGACAUCGAGAGCAGCGAGAACUGCACCUUCGACUACGUGCAGGUCUUCUCCGACAUCGACGACGUCUACGGCCAGUACGGACCCAUGUACGGCCAGUACUGCGGCAACGUGUUACCCCAGGACAUCAACUCGAUGACCCACUCUCUGCUCGUUCGCUUCAAGACCGACGGAUCGGUGCCGAACAAGGGCUUCUCGGCCUCGUACGUGGCGGUUCCAAACUCCGGGGAGUACGACCACUCCGACGAGGACUCGGAGAACUCGUACAGCUCGGAGGUGGUCACCGCCUUCCCGGGCUCCCUGAAGAGCAUCUACAUCGAGGACACGCAGGAGGAGACCGACGAGUACGGCGACUUCAGCGCCAACCAGCUGGUCUUCAACGGGCAGUAUCCGCGUCGCUACAGUCUGCCCCAUCGAUACUACAGUGGAAAGGCAUAGAGCGCUGGAAAAGCGCCACAAUUCAUGACAAUAUAUAAAAACGGAAUUUAUUUAACAGA